AUGGGAAGCGGUCUACCCUCCCCUCCUUUGGAGGAUCAGAAACCGAGAAAGAGCCUGUCCAGCUCCAAGUCCAUCAAGCCCAACCGCCACACGGCCAAGCGCGCCAGCCCCCACAACGCAACACAACAACAUCACGACCACGCCGCCCAAGGCAUGCAUGCCGACGGCCGCCACAAGAGAGUAUGGAAGGCCUGUGAGAGAUGUCGUAUGAAGAAGACCAAGUGCGACGGAGAGUUCCCAUGUAAGAGGUGCAAGGAUGAUGGCCUCGUCUGCACUGCCGGCAUCCGCAAGAAGACGGAAUACAAGCAGCUCCCUCGGGGAUACGCCGAGGUGCUGGAGCACACCCAAUUCGCCCUCAUCGCCACCGUUCACAAGCUCUACUCCAUGGUCAGGAAUCAACAGCAAUGGGACCUGGGCGAACCCGAGCUCAACGACAGAGGACAGCCCGUCAUCCACAACAUUGCCCAGAAGCUGGGAUGCAUCCGCCCCAACAGCGACAUCGAUUUGCCGGUCCACUCCGUCUUCCCCGAAGACGAGGCCGGUCUGGCCGAGCUGGCGCGCCAAUUGGAAGACCACCAGAAGGAGCGCGAGGUCGAGAAGGCGAUGAAGGCCGAGGCCGACUCUGCUUCGGGCUGCGACCGAUCGGACCGCGCCAGCUCCUCCGAGGUCGACCACUCCGAGUUCGAAACCGACUACCGCAAGGCCGUGUUUGGCGGCCACAACAACCCGAUGACCAUGUCACCGCAAAGCUUCUCCACGGGCUACACCGACUUCGACGUCGACUCGGCCGCCUCGCCCAUCGACCCGGCCGCCGCCGCCGCCAUGUUCCAGCAAAGCCAGUCCCCGCCCGUGAACACGUAUCAGCAGCCGUGGAACAUGCCCAGACAGGCGGCACCCGCGCCAAUGGACCUCGCCCAGCAAUUCUUCCAGCACCCGGGGGCCCUCGCCGGCAUGGACAUGCUGAGCCAGGGCCUCGUCGAGUCCGAGUUCGGAACCAUCAAGCCCCACGUCCUCAACUGCCCGAACCCCGAAGUCAUGAUGGGUAUGGGCGACCCGAUGAUCUACGGAGGCUACGACGGCGAGCCAAUGCGGCUGUAG